UCCAGGGAGACGCCGGAAUCACCAGCGCCCACAUGUCGCCCGGACACUGCGCUGCGACAGAUGAGCCCCGGCCUGCGACACACAGCGGCAAUGGCGGAGCCCGACCGGGGUCUCGGGCUCCAUCCGUUCCCAGCUGCGGAGUAUCGAGCCCGUUCAGAGGACACCUCAGUACAAAGAGUAACGCAUUUUGCAUCGGCCACAGCAGCCGGCUGAGCGACCAGUACCGGAUCCGGGACCGCAUGCUCCUCCACUACAAUAAAAUCCUUUCGGCUAAAGCUGCUGUUGACUGUUCUAUUCCAAAGAGUAUGAUAAAGAGCGUGAAAUACAGCGACCAGCAGAAACGGGAGAGGAUGAAGAAGGAGGCGGCGCGGAUGGAGAGGACCUCCGCGGUUUCUUCUCGCCCUCGCUCCAGAGACAGCGUGGACUCCAUCAUGCACAGCAAGGACCCCUAUGACUCUCGCUCUCCUCUCCUGAGACACUCCUCCCCGUAUUCGGAUCGUGGACCUGUUUAUUCUCCCAGCUCCUUCUUCUCCUCCCCGAGACCCCUCAGGUCUCCGGCCCACACUGGCGAGCUGCAGGGAAGGUACCCCGAGUCCUCCAGACUGCCCGGCGGGCUCAGCACCUUCACCGCCUGGUCCAGUCCCUGCAAGUUCCAGGACAAUCAGACCAAGACUUACAGCGGGGACCUGCUGGAGAAACACUCCCAUCAUUUCACCAACAAGGAGCGCCCUUUCACCCCCCGCACCCUAAAGACCCAGGCCAAGUCUGCACUCGCCCAGUCCCGUUAUUACACCCCACCCAGGAGGAAGAAGAAGGGGAUGGUGACCGAGGCGGAGGCCCAGACUGAGAUCAGCAGUUUUCGUCGAACAUCACCGGAGAGGGAGUCCUCACCCAUCGGAGAUCAGCAGGGAGGGAACAAUGAAGAUCUGCUACUGAGUGAUGAAGACGAUGAAGGGACAGGAGAGCAGCGGCGCCCCCUCUCCAGGUUGUCGACCAGGGACUUCAUGUCUCCUUCUCCAACGCUCCAGAAGAUUCACUCUGAGGAGGAAGAAUUGGCCUAUCUCAAUUUUGUGGCCGACGUCACCAAUGAAAUUCUGAGCCUUGGACUGUUCUCGGACAGGGUUCUAGAGCGCGUGUUUCAACGACACCUAGAAGGAAACAGACAUCGAUUAGACGAGGGUAAAAUGCGCCACCUGCUGGACAUUCUCAGGGCUGACUUGGACUGCAAGCAAGAAAGCAACCUGAAGUCAGUUGUGGGUCACCACUUUGACACCAGAGGACAUUUUACCAGUUCUCCUUGGGUUAUUAAUGGGAGCUCCCUGGAGGACGAGUCCUCUUAUCUAGACAGUCUUAUCACUGACCACCAUGUACACGUGGACCCCCUACCAGACAUGAAGCACUAUCUCCAGCACGAUGCCCUUGCUGAACCAGGCACCACAACCACUAAGCAUGGAGACUAUGUCCGAGUAGGUGCAGAUGGACCAGAAGGUGAUCACCACCAGGAGGACGAUGCCCAAUCUGAUCAGGAAGGUGGAGGCGACCUCAGUCCCUGGCAUUCACAUGACCACCUGUCUUCUCUGGAUGGUCCAGAAGACAAAGGAUCUCCUGACCAUGAAGAUGAUGUUGAUCUCCAGGUGUUGAAGGAAACCCCUGAGGACAAUCUCCUGCUGGACGUCUCUAGUAAAGAUCAGACGUUGGACAACUUACUGGACGCCAGACAUAUUUCUGAGAAAGUCGACAACUUGGACACUCUUGAAGACCUGCAGCAGAGCUUUUAUGAAGUCGUCCAGAUCUCCAGGGGAAAUGAUGGUGAUGUCACCCAGGUCUCCAGGGCAGAUGAUGGUGAAGAUUCAGGAGAGGAGGAAGCAUCCGAGACUGAGGAACCAAUUGACUUGUAAAGAAAUAAAUGAUGCCUGGCCACUGCUUGUAGACAUUUAUUCACAUACGGGUAAUAACGUAGGGCUAGCAGACUAGACAUGGCGGGUAUUGCACCAUAGAAGGGCCUGUUCACGCUACUGUCUUGUAGGUGGGUUUGUUACAAUGUAUCAGUUUUGUUCAGAGAAUUGCCUAUACUGACACAUUUUCCUGCUGAGGUUAGGUUCACAUCUGUGGCACUGCUCCUUUUUUCAUUUCCGGAACAGAAACCAUCCCCCACUAGAUCCCAAUGACCAUAAUUAGAUCCGGUGGAUUUCCAUUAUAGAUUCUGACAUUCCGGACAAAAUACUAUUGUGGGAUUUUUAUUUUGGAUUUUUUUUUUUUUUUUUUCUGAGAU